GUGUUCCGGCCAAAAGUAAAAAGUAGUUGCUGUUAUGGCAUAUUGCGAUAUGAUAAAUGUUUGCAAGAUUUCAUCAUGCAGUUUCUACACACGACAAUAGUGAGAAAAAUCCACUUUGUCUGUUUUCCUUAAGGGUGUGGACUUAUUGGCAAGGUUACCAACUUAUAUAAAAUAGGUCAUUGCUUUCAAAAUAUAUCAUUUGCAGUCAGGACAGCAAAAGGACACAACAUGAACGCACUGUUAGCUUUUACUCUUCUUGGCGCUUUGGCCUAUGCUCAAGCUGGUGGCAUCGGUCUGGCUGGUAGCAUUGACGGUGCCGCUAUUAUUGCUGGUCCCUCAGGAACCGUUCAGAGAUCUGGCCUUGCUUCAGUGGGACCCAUUGCUUCUCCAGGUGCCAUUAUUACUGGAGCCGGACUUGCUGCUCCUGGUCUCAUUGCUUCUUCGAUAGUACCUGGUGGUGUUGUAGGCGGUUUGGGUUUAGGUUUGGGCUUGGCCAGUCCUGGCUUGACCGCUAAACUGUUGGGUUUGGAAGGAUCUGGUAUUGAAGGCCAAUACGUCCCUGACCUUACUGAAAAGUUGUACGAUGACGGAUCUUACAAACCCGGUCUUCAUGGACUUUAAAUUACCAAGCAUUUGAUUCGCCUUGACUGAGAUGCCCAAUGCUGUGCACUUGAUUUUUGUAUUGAGAUAAAUAAUAUACUGUUUAAGUACA